CUUUGAAACGGGGAGGGACGGAGGGAGGUCCCCGAAAGCCGAAGCCCCAGCUGAGAGCCGCCGGCCGGCCGUGCGCAGGCGUGGUAGGAGUCAGGCCGGCCCGCCGUAGCCAAUGAGCGUGGGUCCUGCGGGCUCAGGGUGACCCGGGCCUGUGCUGCUCGCAGGCUUGCCUGGAGCUCCCUGCUCAGCACGAGCUGACCACAGAGUCCACACUUGCCCAGAGCCUCGAGCCGUGAGUGCCUGGGGCGUGGACGAGGCCUCCAGGUGGGAUCCGUGUUGAGGAGGCUGCUGGGAGAACCUUGAGGCAGAUCUUAGGGUUGGAGACCAAAAACCCAACUGGAUGAAUUAAAUUCACUGGGUUUCAUUGGACCGUGGAGCAGCAUCAAGGCCUCUGUAUAGAUAGGCAAUUAAUGGAUGCUUGGAAGUUGGCGUGCAUAUUCAGAAAUGUUUUGCCACCUGAAGCCUUUGAGGAGGUUCUGCCUGAGGAAGCUCCUCCCACACUGGCUUCACUACUCCCGAGCUCUGUCAGGAGCAGAGGCCGUCAAUGCUUUGAGGCCCUUCUACUUUGCAGUUCAUCCCGAUUUCUUUGGACAGCACCCCAGGGAAAGGGAAAUCAAUGAAAAUUCUCUUAAGAGAUUAAGUGUCUACUUAGAAAAUCUCCAGAAACCUGGCUUUAAGUCUCUGAAACCAACUCAGCUUACAUUUUACAUAAGAGAAAAAACAGCCCAGAGCCCCUCUGAAGGCCAGGAGCCUGUCAGUACUUCCGGAUUUCGAGCAGUCAGAUUUACUUUGCACACCAGCGAUCUGCUAAGCACAGUAUUGUAUAUUCUCAACUCCUGCAGUUUGUCUGCUGAACACAUCCAAAGCUUGAACACUAAUGUGCAUUCCCAGCCUCUCAAGGAAGCUACAGGGAUGCCUGACAGACCCAUCAAAUGGCAUAGGUCCUAUUAUUCCUUCACUGGGUUCAAAGACCCUGACGAAGACCUUGAACACGUCUCAAGGGUGGAAACAACCCUCAUGUCCUGGCUAGGCAGCAACGGGACAAGUGCUGUGAAAAAGCUGAGGAACAGUUUGCCGCUCAGGAAGGAGCUGGAUCGUCUGAAGGAGGAGCUGUCUGAGCUCCUGCAGCUUUCCGAUAUCAGGUGGCAGAGGGGCUGGGGUGUUGCCCAUCGCUGCAGCCAGCUGCACAGUCUUAGCCGCUUAGCACAGCAGAAUUUGGAGCCACUUCAGAAUGCAAAAGGAUGCACCAUCGUAUUCACAGAUCGCUCCGGGAUGAGUGCACUGGGCCACGUGAUGCUGGGGACCAUGGAUGUCCACCAUCACUGGACAAGACUCUUUGAAAGCUUGCCGAGUUAUUUUCACCUUCAGAGGAGGGUGUCGGCCUUAGAAGACCAGAUAAGCAGUCUGCUUGGGGGCAUCCAAGUGGUUUACAUUGAAGAGCUACAACCAGCAUUCACAAUUGAUGAGUACUACUCCCUCCUGGACGUGUUCUACAAUCAGCUGCUGAAAAGUAGGAUUCCAUCCCACCCUCAAGGUCUGAGCGGCUUGCAGAUGACCCUCAACAGUGACAGGUACGAGCCAAGCUUGCACGAGCUCGGGCAUUUUAACAUCCCAGCCCUCUCAGAUCCAGCAGGCCUCCAGUCAUUUAUGAGAACCAAAGCUCAGCAGGCAAGAGAAAACAUGACCAGAAGGGAGGAGUUAAAAGUUAUUGAAAACGAGUUGAUUCAGGCUUCAACAAAGAAGUUUUCCCUGGAGAAGUUAUAUAAAGAGCCCAGCAUUUCUAGUAGACAAAUGGUGGACUGUUGUAAGAGACUUCUAGAACAGUCACUGCCUUAUCUGCACGGGAUGCACCUCUGUGUGUCCCAUUUUUACUCUGUGAUGCAGGAUGGAGACCUGUGCAUCCCAUGGAACUGGAAGGAAGGAGAAGCCAUGAAGUAACACAGAUGGCUGUGAAGCCAUGAAGUAACACAGAUGGCUGUUUUAUUUUCUGGAGAAGUGAGAAACUGUUGAAUGUAUUUAAAUUCAGUUUGAUAUAGUAUUAGUGUUCACAUGUUAGAACACAGUUCCUGACUGCUGCUCUAAAAGUGGGGUGAGCUUUUCUUUGUGGUGAUUUUAUGCUAAGAAACUUAUCUUUCAAAGGUUUUAUCCCCUAGUUUUAUGAUGCUGAUGGCUAGGCAAAAAAGAUGCUUAGAAAAAAACCCUAUUUUAAAGAUAUGUAAUAGAGAGUUCUGUUAAGUCAUAUAUUUUUAUAUGAGUGGAUGUGUGUGCAUAAAAAUUGGCCUCAUUUAGUAUAGCUCUUUAGUACUAGAACUCAUUUUACAUCCAACACAGUUGAACGUGCAUCUUCAUAGUUAAGUCUCAUAGACACACACACUCUGUAGCCAGUAAUGGACAGUUGUGUCCAAAACAGAUGAUUGAUAAGAGUAGCAAAAAUUAAAUAACCAUGUUUUGUUUGAGAAAGUUUUCUUUUGGUUGUUUGUUUUUGUUUUUGAGACAGGGUUUCUCUGUGUAGCCCUGGCUGUCCUGGUACUCGCUCUGUAUACCAGGCUGGCCUGGAACUCACAGAGAUCCUCCUGCCUCUACUUCCUGAGUCUGUAACUAAAGGCAUGUGUCACCACUACCACCACACAUCGAGAAAGAUUUUUUUUAAAAAAACCCUAUUGAAUAUAUGCUAUCAACACUGUUUGAUACUAGUUUAUUUAAAUACAUGAUUUCUUCAACCAAUCAAAAUAUCUGUAGAUCAUGUGCUUGGUAGGCAGAGGCCCCGGGUUCCAUCCCUAGUACCAAGAAUGAGUAAGAUUUAUUAUCGUCAUCAAGCCAGAAGCUCCUUCUAAAAGCUAUUGUUAUUUCUUCAGCUCUGGUCCAGGUAAAGCCUGUGGCCUCCUGUGAUCUCAGAUGUUUCCUACACAGCUGUCUAUUCAGAGCAGUCUCUGUCUGUCUGUCUGUCUGUCUGUCUGUCUGUCUGUCUGUCUCUCUGUCUCUGUCUCUCUCUCUCUCUGUCUCUGUCUCUCUCUCUCUGUGUCUCUCUCUCUCUCUCAUUCUGCACAGCACUUUUCCCCUGAGGAGGUCCUCCUGAGUUUUUCCCAUGGUGCAUCAGAACAAAGGAGACGGACGUUACAGUCAGUUGUUCAUGUUUUGGAUUUUUAUUUUUAAAAAAUCAGUUGUUUAAACAGUUCAAUUGUGUGUUCAAAACAAGAACCUAGUGUUUGUGCCAUUAUUGCUUCUGACCCAUGCUUAUUUGACAAUGUGGCUGUAAAUACUCUCCAUAAGAAAGGGUCCUCAAGUUGGGUUCAGUGGCGCACGCCUCUAAUCCCAGCACUCGGGAGGCAGAGGCAGGUGAAUCCCUGUGAGUUCAAGGCCAGACUGGUCUGCAAAGCAAGUUCCAGGACAGCUAGAGCUGUUACACAGAGAAACCCUGUCUUGGGGUUGGGGGCGAUAUGUUUUUUGGAAAAUUGAUUGUGCCACUUGUAACAUCAACUAACACAGGAAGUGUAUUGCGUUGGAUUUGUCUUCAAACUGUUACAUAAUAAACAAUACCUUGUUGACCAUA